AUGAACAUGCAACUACAGUCCAACGAGUUAUUUCUCAAAUGGGACCCGGCGCAGGUUGCCACUUUUAUAAAUACGAUAAUCAAGGAUUCAGAUCGUAACGCAGGCUCGUUAUUCCUAGACAACAAAAUCGACGGACUACUACUACCUUAUAUAACCACGGAGCAUUUAAGAGAGAUUGGAAUCAAGUCGUUGAAAACCAGACUAGUGAUCAAAAAGGGCAUAAGUGACUUGAUAGCUGAAAACUACCGGAAAUAUCCGCCUCAAUCGAUCCAGGAUCAAGGGUACAUGUUGAGCGUUGCAAACGUAAAUAGCAAUCACAUCGCACUUGAGGCACUCAAUUUGUCAACCAUUUUGAUUAGUGAUCUGAUACGGAAAAUGAAUAAGGAUUUGAAAACGGCUUCCACCGCAACACGCUUGAACUCACCCGUUGGCGGUCCCAGUCAAAAUGAGAUAAAGAAACUCAAUGACAAUUUCAAUAAAUUGAAAACCGAUCUCAUUCCAGUUAUCCGGAUGCUCAAGGACUCAAAACCGCUCCCGACACCAACUUUGGACCCACGACCGCCCACUACUCUCGUGUCCCCAUCGUUCUCGACUUAUGAACAGGAGACGGAGGCGAACGAGAAAGAGAACGAGAAACGAUUAUCGGGAGUCGACUCGGUGAACCAUCUUGGCACUACCUCCACCACCACCACCAAUCGGUUUUCGUCGAACUUGCCGAGUCCAUCCACAAGCAGGUUUUCAUCAGGGUCCUUGUUGUCUAUGGGAACAGGCAAGAUCAUUUCGCAAUCGGUGUCUAACUUUGCCGAGGCUGCAGAGUUCAAAUUGCAGAAAGUAGGAAUUGGCAAGGGCUCGGGAAAGAGUCACGAUGCGACGAGCAAUCCUCGUCCACAACUAAUCAACAAUAACCAGCUCUCAAACGGGUCACUCAAUACUGUUGGUGAAUCAGCCUCGAAAGUGACAUAUAGUCGACCCCAGCUUUCAACAACAACAGCAACAACAACAGCAACAAACACUGUUCCAUUAUCCGUCUCGGCCCACGGUGCAGCAGAUCAGCAAUCGGUUCCUAAAGCAACAACAGGACCAACGGCAGCAGCAGUCGCAGGAUCUGCAGCAACAGGACCCGCACCAACAGCACCAGCAGCACAAAGUUAUCCACCACGCGAGAUAGGUAACGAGCCGCUCAAACAACUUCGAGCCUCAACCGAUGACUCCUGUUUGAAAAUCCUACAACUGGCCAUGAAGAGGCAUCAUAUUCCAAGAGACGACUGGUCUAGAUACGUCUUGGUUAUAUGCUAUGGCGACAAGGAACGAAUAUUGAAGCUAGCCGAGAAGCCCGUGGUUAUAUUCAAAGAGUUGCAAGAGUUGGGUAAACAUCCUGCUAUCAUGUUGAGGCAGUUGGCUACGGCUGCAGAGAAUCAAGAAAGUUCACUAUAUGAGGACUCUACCAUUGCAACCGAAAUCCCCGGUGGCUACCUCUAA